UUAUCAACAAACAGUCUAAAAUAGCUUUUCGAAUUUAAGUUUAUUCCGACUAAGGUUACCGACAUCCCUGUGACGUGGUAACUUUGGCAGGAGUAUAAAGCUUGAGAGGAAUACUGGCAUCGACAUCAGCUCAAGCAGAAGGUGGACUUUCUCCACCCCCUGUUAAAAGACAACGCUUCUCUUCGCAACCUACAACCAGUUGUUCAAGUCCAACAACAAAACCUUCCGGAAUGCAAUCACAUAGUUCACAAUCUGUUAACGGGGAGUGCUCAACUUUGUCUGCUGCUAAUCUUAACGGUUCUGCUGCUUACAAUUUGAAAGAGGGUGCUGCAGCAUGUACUAAAGCAGUUGUUCUGCAAAUGGAGAUUCACGUGUAGCCACAACAAAGCGACCAAAAUUAUCAAGGAGCGAUGAAGACAGUUGUAAGAUUGAUUGGACAACAUUUACGGGAAUUAGGACUAGAGAAAUCUGCUGAGGUUUUGAUGAAUGAAUCCGGCUGUCAUCAAGAGCACAGUGCAGCACCUUUAUUCAGGAAACAAGUUAUGGAAGGAAAUUGGACCAAAAUAGAAGCAACAUUGUCUGAACUAAAACCACUUCUUAGGCACCAAAAACACUUGCAGAAAAUGAAAUUUUACAUUCUCGAACAAAAGUAUCUUGAACUAAUAGAAGAUGGAAGAUUACUUGAAGCUUUACAUUGCCUGAGAAAUGAAAUCACUCCAUUACGGAAGUUUGUCAGUCGUGUCCAUGAGCUUUCUGGGUUUCUAAUGUUAAAAGAUGCAAAAGAAUUACACAAAUGUGCAAAAUGGGAUGGUAAAGGCCCUAAGUCCAGAGGAAAACUUAUGGAGAAAUUGAGAGCUUAUUUGCCUGAGAAUAUCAUGUUACCACCACGAAGAUUACACACAAUACUCUGUCAAGCUGUAGAAUUGCAACAAAAAAAAUGUCUCUAUCACAAUGCUAAAAUCAACCCAUCUAUCGAAACCGUCUCUUUAUUGACUGACCACAUAUGCUCAAUGAGAAGAAAAGUUCCUACCCACACGAAGCAGGUAUUGAGUGACCACUGUGACGAAGUGUGGUUCUGUAAAUUUUCAAACGAUGGCAGCAGACUUGCAACUGGUUCUAAAGAUUCUACAAUUAUUCUAUGGGACAUUGAUCCUGUGACACACAAAGUAACCUAUUCUCGCUCACUGACUGGUCAUCAAUACGGUGUUGGAUUUUUAUCUUGGAGUCCGGAUGAUUCUCACAUACUUGCGUGUGGAACUGAGGAAUCAUCGGAAUUCUGGGUGUGGAAUACCAAGACUGGAGAUCUCAGAACAAAGAGAAGUCAUUCUACAGAAGACAGUUUAAGUUGUUGCAAUUGGUCUGCCGAUGGUGAAAAAUUUGUUACUGGUGGUACAAAAGGACAAUUUUAUCAAUGUGACCUCGAUGGCAACAUUAUAGAUUCGUGGGAAGGUGUCAGAGUGCAGUGUUUGGCUUGUCUACCUGAUAAUAAAACCGUACUUGCUGCCGACACACAGCAUAGGAUUCGUGCUUAUAACUUUGAUGACAUGACAGACUAUGAUGUAAUCAAAGAAGACAAUCCUAUAAUGUCAUUUUCAGUAACUAGAGAUGGAAAGUUAGCAUUACUCAAUGUUACUAAUCAAGGCAUACAUUUAUGGGAUGUUGAAGACCAAGUCCUUGUUCAAAAAUAUCAGGGUGCAGUUCAGGGUUUCUAUACAAUAUUUUCAUGUUGUGGUGGUGAAGAUGAAGAAUUUAUUGCCAGUGGAAGUGAGGACCACAACAUGUAUCUGUGGCUUCGAGAUCGACCGAAACCAAUCCAAACAUUAUCAGGCCACACAAAGACUGUUAAUUGCGUUUCCUGGAAUCCAGUACAUCAUAUGAUGCUUGCCAGUGUAUCUGAUGACUGUACCGUCAGAAUCUGGGGACCACAGGACUCUGAUAAUUCAGAUACUGAUGAUGCAGAAGAAUGAAGAUUUUAAUUUUAUAUUUGCGUGUGACAAUUUUUGUGGACUUGAGUGGGUAAUAAGACUGUGGAGAAAACAUAUAGAUGUUCCUCCAGUCGAGUUCUAACAGCAUGAAAGACAGUGCUGGCCAAGCACAAUUGCUACUCUCAUCUCAACCCGAAGGGGUUAAAACAGAAUGACUUUGUUUGUAUUUAUACUUUGUACCUGAUUGAAAGAAACUAUUUUUUAAGGAUAUGACAGUACGGUUAAACUACAGUUAGUUUUAUGAUCGUUUAAUAUUGGAAAUUGUUAUGAUGUGAACAGUUUUUUAUCAUGCACGUUUGUGCUUAAUUCAGAUUGCAAAGUUGAUCAAAUAAUUGGAUUGACUAAGUCAGGGAUGGGUAAACUGCAACCCACUACAGAGUUUCGUGCGCCCAUGCCUCCCUCCCCGUUCUUGAAAAAAAUUUAAAUUCAUUUUAAAAUAUAUCAACUAUGAAUUGUUAAUAUAAUGAUAUUUUUAUUCAUCUGCGGAUCAACAACCAUUAAAUUGUCACAGUAAAUAGGAAUAAUAGUAACUGCAACAUCACAGUCAAUUUUGUCAAUAAGCCAUGGAAAAGACUUUGCUACAUCUGGACUAUACAGAUUUAGGGAUGAUUAAUGAAUCAUUAGGACAUUGAACCUUGUUACUCUUGAUUUAAUAGUCUAAUUUUCAAUGUCAAUAUAAUGAAUGACUUAGCUAACACAGCAUCUUAUGACUUUUGUUCACUUGUUUUGAAAACUUGUCAACUCAAUCAUGCAGGCUAUUAUACAUUUGCAUCAAUCUGAUCAUGUAUCGCCCUACCAUAAUUUCAUACUGCAUUGAAAACAUCAACAUUUUUCCAUUGAGAGAUACAACUGCUUUAAAAAAAAGACUAAAAUUUUACAGAUUUAUCAAAAUUAACUAAAACCCUUUUUUUUCUCUCUGAUAUUGUUGUCUGCCUCGGUGACUAUCUACUCCUGGCAUAUCCUCUGUAGUGCAUAGGUAAAUGAAUGCCACAGGCUGGGCAAUAUCGAUAUUAUCUUACUGCUCUGCUUCAACAUUUGAAGGUGACAGCUUUUUAAUAUUCUUGUUUUCCCCUUUAUAGUAUUAUUCUGCUUUCCUGAAAUAAUAUAAUAUCCUAGCUUGAACUUUAUUCAA